AUGUCUAAGAAACCGCGAACCAAGGGUCGUCUCUCGGGCAACAUGAACCUCGCGAAUCUCGGUCUGCUGGACAUAAAUGAUCUGAAUUUCGAUGACGAUGGUGGGAACGACGAUGACGGGGAUGAUGGUGAUCUUGAAGCUGAGCUCAACGCUCUCAUCAGCGGCGGAGCUCCGAGGAAGCGCGAAGAGCCUAAGCAGAAAAGGGCACCCACCGAUUUGGCGACAAUUACAGCGAUGGCCGAUGCGGCAAUGAAGGACCAAGUGAGCGAUCACGAAAGUGAUUACGAAGGCAUCGAAAACGACGAGGAGCUCCUUGCGGAACUCAACGAGCUGGGUGAAUCCAGUCCGCCAGAGACCCCCAGCAGGAAAGCGGUGUCUCGACCCCCGACGGUUCCAAUGGACGGAGCCUCCCGAUCCGCGGCGGAUCCAAGCCCUCAGGAUAUAGUGGAUGUCCUGCAAAUCCGCCUCAAGAACUACCAAGAUGCGGAAUCUGCGGCGAGAGACCUGAACGACAUCAGCAAAGCCCGCCGCUUUUCGCGGGGGAUCAAGACUCUCCAAGAUCAGCUGAAAGCAGCGAAGCUCGGGAAACCCGUUCUGGGGGCGGAUAUCCCGCCACCCGUUGCUAUUCCGAAACCGAAGCAUGUACCCAUCGAGCAGCCGGCUCCGGUCCUCGAAGAGGAGCGACCUCAGCCGGCGCGCAUGACUGAGCCCUCGCCAAUGGAUGAAACUCCACCGUUGAUACCGCCAAGGUCCGCAUCGAAUCGGUAUCCACCUCCGGAAAUCGCUGAUCUCUUGGGCGAAGCGGAUGACGAUUUCGACCCAACCGAGUUCGAAGAGGAGGAGGUGGAAACCAAACCUCCACCGAGACCUGCGCCCCGGCCGCCAGCGGCCGCUCCUCUUCCGUCGCGGCCAGCACCUCAAAUACCGUCUGCUUCUCAGUCACGACCGGUUGUUCAACCCACAGAACCGAGUGACCAGAAAGGUCUUUUGAUGUUCCGCAGAGACCAAUACAAGAAAGCAGCACUGGAAGCCAAGCAUAGGGGGGAUACGGAGCAGGCUCUCAAAUAUGUCCGAAUCGCCAAACAAUUCGACUCCGUCAUCCAGGCUUUGAGCGAAGGAAAACCCGUCGAUCUAACGGGAAUGCCCCCACCACCGGGCGUGCCCGGAGGCCCCGAACCAUCGAAGCAACCCACAAGGGCCGAAAAUCCCGAGGACUACGAUUUGGACGUGAAAGAAGACCCAAGUAUUUAUAAAGCUCCACCUGCGGCCCAGACUAUCCUGGAGGCUCUCGAGCAGAGACUAGCCAAGUAUGAGGAAACCGAAGCUCAAGCAAAGGCUGAAAAUAAUAGUAGUAAAGUACGGCGUAUCGGUCGCAUCCUUAAGGACUACAAGAGCGCAAUCAAGGCCCAGAAAGCUGGAAAGCCAUACGAUUUUGCCGAUCUACCGGCCCCGCCGGGUUUUGGUCCGAUUCCGCUGGACGCGCCCAAACCCCCCAGCCAGGGUCCAGCUCCCCAAAGAUCCGCUCCGAGCGUGGUUGCGAAACCCCAAUCUGCACCAGGGAGACCAGCUGCUCCGCGGCCCAUGCCGACGCCCGCGCCUACCACCUCUAAGCAGUCGAUCAAAAAACAGCUUUCAGUGACUUUCGAGAAACAGAAGCAAUUUCUGUUGGAGAGACAGACAAUGUUCCGCGACGCUGCAAAGGAGGCUCUAAAAAACGGGGCGAGCAAAGAACAAGCGAUGGUCUACCUUAGGAUGAGCAAAGGCAUCCAGCCAAUGAUCGAAGCCACCGAAAACGGUCUCCCGGUGGACUUGAGCACGAUUCCGAUACCUCCCCAACUGCAGCAAGACUUCGUAGUGCUCGAGGCCGAGGAAAGUGGCGAACAACUGUCGGCCGAUAGCGAAGAACUCUAUCGAACCCUUGAGCGAGAACUGGUGGCUCAAUUCGAAACCUGCAGCAGAAACCAAGAGAAUUUCUUUAAGCUUGGAGACGUGUCCUCGGGAACCAAGUUCGAGAAACUUGGUCUGGAUACGAAACGUGACCUCAGCGUACUCAAAGCGAGCUGGAAAAGAGGCGAUAGUAUACCCGUAUUCCGCUACGAGGAUCGAGUUUUCACCAUCAUCCGCCAUAAUCACGAUGUUCCUGAGAACCAGAUGCAAGUUUCUGUGAUAAGAGGCAUAACACUCCCUGGUAAACCAAACGAGCUCGACACUUACGUCAAGAUCGAUUUCCCGUUCCGUGCUGAAGCCCCUCAGAGCUACCGGGGAUAUACUGUGAAGGACACGACUAAUCCCGAAUACAACACCACUUGCUCGUUUGAAGUUGUACGCCACUCAAGGAGCUUCAUCAGAGUCCUGAAGAGAAUACAGCUCAAGAUAGAGGUGUGGUCGAAACGGGGAUUCCUUCGAGCAGAUGGACUGAUAGGGGUCGCGUCGAUCAAAUUGGCGGACCUCGAGACGAAAUGUGAGAUCCACGACGUCUUCCCCCUAAUGGACGGGAGGAAGGACUCCGGCGGGAAGCUCGAGGUCAAAAUUCGGGUGUCCGAACCGUUUUCGACGAAGCAGAUCGAAGAGAUAAAAGAAAGAUGGUUGAUCAUCGGUGCUUGA